GCAGCCUAUCCUUCCACGCAUUCAAACCCCCUCCCCACACCCCUCCCCCCCAGCGGUUCCUUUCUCCCUAGCCGUGGCAGAUGCCCGGUAGGCGGCACCCUAGGGGGAGGGGAAGAGGACGGAGGGAGCGCGCGCUCUGUUCUCUCUCCCAGUCCCUUUCUCCUCCAGGCCAGGUGGGGCUGGAGAAUGCUGAUUGGCUUCCCGUGGGUCGGAGGCGGGCCUUCUGCGUUCCUCGUGUGCGCGGAUUGGUCAGGACUGGGUGCGCGCGUCCGGUUGCGUCUCCCCUGUCGCCGGCUCUGGAGUAGGGGGCGGGCGUCUGAAGCCGAAGUGCGGCACGUCGGUCGCCGGGGGCCGGAGCCAGUCUCGACUCCUGAGGCGCCCCUCAACACCCCCGAAGGCCGCGUCUGCAUGCUGAGCAAGAUGGGUGAAGCUGUCGCCAGAGUGGCCCGAAAGGUGAACGAGACGGUGGAGAGCGGCUCCGACACGCUGGACCUGGCCGAGUGUAAGCUGGUCUCCUUCCCGGUGGCCAUCUACAAGGUGCUGCGGACAGUGGCCGAGCGGAUCCGCCUCGUCAUCUUGGCGGACAACGAGCUCCAGACCCUGAGCGGCAAGUUCAUGACCACGUUCGGCCAGCUCCGAGAGCUCCGUCUGGAGGGAAACUGCCUGCACCGGCUGCCUGAUGAGGUGGGCAGCCUCCAGCACCUGCAGGCCAUCAACCUGUCCAGAAAUCAGUUCCAGGACUUCCCAGAGCAGCUCACUGCCCUGCAGGCCCUGGAGACCAUCAACCUGGAAGAGAAUGAGAUUGUGGACGUCCCUGUGGAGAAGCUGGCCGCCAUGGCGUCCCUGAAGAGCGUGAACCUGCGGCGGAACCCCCUGAAUGCCGACGUGCGGGCCAUCGCUCGGCCCCUCAUCACCUUCGACCUCCUGGUGUCCCCCGAGGGGCCCCGGGGUGAUGCAGCACCCUAA